AUUACAUGACAACCAUGGCCUCCAAAUCAGCUCUCUUGCUCUCCCUCUCAAUCCUUCUUUCCUUCUCUCUCAUCGCUCUCUCUGAUGAUUGUGUGUACAYGGUGUACGUGCGAACCGGGUCGACCCCCAAAGGAGGGACGGACUCGGUGAUCAGCGUGACGCUGUACACGGCGCAGGGGGACGGUGUCCGGAUAAGGGAUCUGGAGAAAUGGGGCGGGUUGAUGGGGCCGGGUUACGAUUACUUCGAGAGGGGUAAUCUGGACAUUUUCAGCGGGAGGGGUCCGUGCCUCAGCGGCCCCGUGUGUUCCUUGAAUCUAACCUCCGACGGAUCGGGUCCGCACCAUGGUUGGUACUGCAACUACGUGGAGGUCACCACCACGGGGGUGCACAGGUCGUGCGAUCAGGCGCAGUUUGAGGUGGAGCAGUGGUUGGCCCUCGACACGUCGCCCUAUGAACUCACCGCCAUCCGGAAUUACUGCCCCAAGUCCACGGUGAGUAGUGACGGCCGCCGGGAUCUAAUCCGAUCCACUUUGGAGUACGUCAUAUGACGAUGAUGAUGCUGAUUCGUGAAAUAGUAUUAUUGUUGAAUAAGGAAGCGAGAGAGUGCUUAAUUUGAUUUGAUGAUUAAGCAGGAUUUUGCUUGCUGGUGUUAAUGGGUGCUAAUUUUGGAUAAUGGAUGGCAUCGCGCAGCACCCUAUCCGAUUCCGAUCUUUGUUAAUUGUUAUUUGUGUGAUGUGUUCUUGGGGCUUUGCCAGACAAUUUAUUGCUGUGUAAUAGUUAAAUUGAGAGCAGUGCCUUUUUUGACCCGAUCGGGCUCAUGAUCAAUA